GUCACGACUUCAAAUAUAAGGAGGAUCGCUCGGCACUCCCUCUCAGUACUGAAAACAAAUACGAAAAGACAAUAUGUCGAUCUCUCCUUAUUUCUUCGAUUAUGAUUUGCCGCGGCGCUGGCCCCGUCGCCUCCUUGAACAGAAUUUCGGCCACACGCUAUCACCUGAAGACAUCUUCGCAACCAGCCCAGUCGUGCCAAGACUUAACAGAUUUUGGUGGCCACAAGACUCCAGCACGAUUAAAGUGGACAACGACAAGUGGUCCAUCAACAUCGAUGUUCAACACUUCGCACCGGACGAAAUAACAGUAAAGACGGUUGAUGGCUUUAUUGUGGUCGAGGGAAAACAUGAAGAAAAGCAAGACGAACAUGGGUACGUGUCGCGGCAUUUUGUAAGACGCUUCAAGUUACCUCAGGAAAUAGAUGCUGACGCGAUAGUAAGCAGGCUUUCCUCCGAUGGUGUGCUAAGUGUGUUAGCCCCCAAAAAAGAAGAAACACAGAUGGGUGAAAGGUCUGUUCCUAUCACACAUACUGGUCCAGUGAGAAAGGAUGUAAAAGAAGAUACAAAGGAAGAAAAGAAAGAAUAAUUUAUUUUUACAGUUUUUAAGGGGUUUUAAAACAUGAUGAGAUAAUAUACACACUGUCCAAUCAGUUUUGUGAAUAAUUGUAAAAUUGUGAUAAAAUGUGUGUUGAUUUAUUCUCUAAAUAUUAUUAGGAUGCUGAGUCAGGGUAUUGUGAGUAUACACUAUACUGAUACCUCAAUUGUUAACAAUAUGGAAGUUACAAACAAGACUGUGAUUUUUUGUUUACAAAAUUAUUAAAAAUUCUUUACUAA